CGCUUGCAGCUUGUUCCAUUUUGAAAGAAUCAUAGGUUUUAGCUUGGACACCGUAAAGAGCGGACAUAGUUCAGUGAAAUUGAAAAUAACUCGAUGAGUUAGUGCCCGAAAGAAUAUCACUAGAACAUCAAGUGGAACUUUGCAACUCCUUCAGAGAUUAGACACCAGCAAUGCAGAAGGGAACGAAAAUUUACAGUCAAAUAUGGAACCACUUCCAAAUGUUGCCAUGCAAAACCAGAGCCCGCUGCUUUCAUUGUCAGAAAACUAUCACUUGCUUCCGGCACGGAACGUCCAACUGCAAAAGGCAUCUGGCGAGAAAGCACCCCAACUUCUAUAACGGAAAGGAAUACAUCAAAUUUAAUCCGCUCGAUGAAGAAACCCUCGACGAUGGGGACGACGACGGCGGCAAUUACGAGCCUUCGAUAAACGAUGAGACGUCUCAAAACGAAGAGGAAUAUACCAUCACGGAAAUGCAGUUUGUUGAUUGUCCGGAGUCGAAAAAAGAUGCCCUCGAAAAAGCCGGAUUGAGCAAACAAUCUAACGAAAUGACGCGGGCGGUUAAGCGCGCCCACGAUCAAGGCGCUAAGGAAGAGCUCGACGACUCUCGGGAAUCCAAAGCGGAACAAAUUUCCAUGUCUGUUUUUAAAGAAAUUAGGAAGCACUUCAGUAAAGUGUCGCGGUGCAAAACCCGAGUCCGUUGUAACUAUUGUACGGUGUACAUAGAUGUCUCGAAGGACAUGGCUACCGUUUGCAAAAAGCAUCUGUACAGAGCGCACCCAUCCGUUUACAAUGGAAAAAACUUUGGAGAGUACCAUCCCGACGAAAAACAAAUGAUACGGGAACGGAAGGCAAAAAAGAGACAAAUCCAAAAAAUGGCUCGGGACCUCAGGUUGACAUCCGACGAAACCUGGAAACAUUUCUUAAAAUUAGACGGAGCCUGUAGAGCUCGUUGCAACUACUGCCACAACGUUAUUUCGUACUCGGAGGGCUCGGCAUCAAACUGCAAGCGGCACUUGUAUAGGAAGCAUGCGCUUAUUUUACUGAAAGAACAAUCCAAAGAUGCCUGCGUAAAUGUUGAGGAUAUUCUGUACGAGGAAGAUCUGGAUGCCGGCGCUUUCGUUUCGUCAUUUAACCCUUCGCUUCCCUCCACUGACGAUGACUCGAACGUUAAGGAAGUUCAAUUCGUUAAAAAUCCAUACCUCUCGGAGCCAAUUCGAAUUGAAAUACAAGGCACGAUUUCUCCAAACGACGGACAGGGUGACCACGAUGGAAACGAAAACGGGGUCGAUUAUCAAGAACUUUCGGGUGGCGGUACCCUUGAAGUGAUCGAACAGAUUAUACCAGAUGAUCCGUAUCUAUCGGAUGACGGGAACUCUAGAGCCGACACGGACAGCAAUGUGCAACUUGUUGAAUAUUAUUCAUUGCAAGAGCCAGGGGAAGAGGUACUUGAACUAGCAAGAUCUGUGAAAAACAGUUCAUGCCGAGAGAUCAAGGGAGAGUUGGUUUCGUACCAAAAAGGAUCCAAGGUUCCGGUGACAAAGAAUGUGGCCGGUGGAAAUAAUCAACGAAGCUCGUUGCAAAACAAUUCCCGAUCAAGUAUGGACGGUAUGAAGGCAUUCUGCAAUGAAAGCAAAGUAGGCGUACGAUCGACGGUGUUUGCCACCAACAUUGCGCUGGAACUGGAAAGCAUGAACCCCCGACAGAAGAUUAUUGCCGAAAAGUUGAUAUCGGACGUGCUGUACCAUGCCAAGCUCGGUGCCCUCACUGAGCACGCAAUGGUGGUAGGCAGAUCAGCCGUAUUUGACUACGACCAUGGGUUCGACAGACAGUUCUGAUGUAAAUAGUUAGAGAUUGUUUUUAACCUUAUACCAUGAUGCAGAUGACUUGU